GGGUUGGAGGAGGUUACAUCAACGGAACAGCUGAGGCAGUUUAUGGGCCAGGUUGUGGUCUAGCUUGGGCUCAGGCACCCAUUGGAUAUUCUCUGAGUCUGAUUUUAGGUGGCCUGUUUUUUGCAAAACCUAUGCGUUCCAAGGGAUAUGUGACUAUGUUAGACCCAUUUCAACAGAUCUAUGGAAAGCGCAUGGGUGGGCUGCUGUUCAUCCCUGCACUGAUGGGAGAGAUGUUCUGGGCUGCAGCGAUUUUCUCUGCAUUAGGGGCUACCAUCAGCGUAAUCAUUGAUGUGGAUGUGAACAUAUCGGUCAUUGUCUCUGCACUCAUUGCCAUUCUUUAUACCCUCGUGGGAGGGCUCUACUCUGUGGCAUAUACUGAUGUUGUACAGCUAUUCUGCAUUUUUAUAGGAUUGUGGAUCAGUGUCCCAUUUGCCCUGUCACAUCCUGCAGUCACUGACAUCGGAUUCACUGCUGUGCAUGCUAAAUACCAGAGUCCCUGGCUGGGAACCAUUGAAUCAAUUGAAGUCUACACCUGGCUUGAUAAUUUUCUGUUGUUGAUGCUGGGUGGAAUCCCAUGGCAAGCCUACUUCCAGAGGGUCCUCUCUUCAUCGUCAGCGACCUAUGCUCAGGUGCUGUCCUUCCUGGCAGCUUUUGGGUGCCUGGUGAUGGCUCUACCAGCCAUAUGCAUUGGGGCCAUUGGAGCCUCCACAGACUGGAACCAAACUGCAUAUGGGUUUCCAGAUCCCAAGACCAAGGAGGAAGCAGACAUGAUUCUGCCGAUUGUUUUACAGUACCUCUGCCCUGUGUACAUUUCCUUCUUUGGGCUUGGUGCUGUUUCUGCUGCUGUCAUGUCUUCAGCUGACUCAUCCAUCCUAUCAGCAAGUUCCAUGUUUGCUCGGAAUAUCUACCAGCUUUCCUUCAGACAAAAUGCAUCAGACAAGGAAAUUGUGUGGGUCAUGAGGAUCACUGUGUUUGUGUUCGGAGCAUCUGCAACAGCCAUGGCCUUGCUCACGAAGACUGUGUAUGGGCUCUGGUACCUGAGCUCUGACCUUGUCUACAUCAUCAUCUUCCCACAGCUGCUCUGUGUACUCUUCAUCAAAGGAACCAACACUUAUGGGGCAGUUGCUGGUUAUAUUUUUGGACUUUUCCUGAGAAUCACUGGAGGAGAGCCAUAUCUAUACUUGCAGCCCUUAAUCUUCUACCCUGGUUAUUACCCUGACAAGAAUGGUAUAUACAAUCAGAGGUUCCCAUUUAAAACUCUCUCCAUGGUUACCUCAUUCUUUACCAACAUUUGUGUUUCUUAUCUAGCCAAGUAUCUAUUUGAAAGUGGAACCUUACCUCCAAAAUUAGAUAUAUUUGAUGCUGUUGUCUCAAGGCACAGUGAAGAGAACAUGGACAAGACCAUUCUAGUCAGAAAUGAAAACAUCAAAUUAAACGAACUUGCACCUGUAAAGCCUCGACAGAGCCUAACCCUCAGUUCAACUUUCACCAAUAAAGAGGCCCUCCUUGAUGUUGAUUCCAGUCCAGAGGGAUCUGGGACUGAAGAUAACUUACAAUGACCCCAUGUAAAAUAUACAGAACAGGGCAUUGCUGUAGGGUAAUACUGGGAAAAAGGUUUGGAGCAUAUCUUAUACAUGUUGCAAUAUAAAUGUUUGAGGAAAAAGUUUUUUAAGAAAUAAGGUAUUAUGGAUGACUUCAGAAAAAUAACAAUUGCACAGUAAGGAGGAAGCAAGCGUGAAGGCAACAGCUUUAUUUUUCAUCAUAGCACUUUUCAUUUUGAAUAGCUUUGUUAAGCACAUAAAAAUGCAUAAAGCCCCAGCCAAAGAAAGUGGCCAAAUAUUAUUUAUCUUUAUUAUGGAAGGAAGGAAUAUUUAUUAAAGAGUCCAUUGGAAGGAGAUUGGAUGGUCCCAAUCAUUUUCACUGGUGAAUGCACUGGAUAUCAGAUUAAUUACUACAACAUGGAGGCUGUGCAUGUAUUCAUGGUCACUACUGUGAAGGAUGCAGUGGGUUAGCCAGUACACUUUUCCCCAUGGGUAGGUUGUCUGGCUCUCCCAUAAUCUUAACUAUGGCAUUUACCCAUUUUUCAAGGUGUGCUUUCUUACCCUUUUUUGCCAUCUAGCAUGUGUACUCUCUCCAUUCAUCCCUCCAUCUAUCUAUCCCUCCUUCUUUCUACGCUCUCUCCUUUCUUCUGCCCUUUCCCUUUCCCUCCCUUUCUCCCCUCUCUUUAUCUCUUUAUAUUUUGUUUCUGUGAGGUGCUGGAACUCUAUUACAGGGCCUUGCACAUGCUAAGUAAGAGCUCUCCUACUGAGCUACAUUGCAACCUCACAAUAAUUUAUUUUUUUAGUAAUAUCGUACAUUAUUCUAAGCACAAGCAACACAACAAUAUCUUAUUUAAUAGUGACAUUUUUAUGUGAAAAUGAUAGAAAACAGAGUCUAUGUUGGAGUAAGAUAGAAGCACUGAGCCCUUUAAGUGUAACCACAGUUGCUAUAUGCUCAAAGAGAAGGGUUCAAAACCAAGUAUGAAACGGUUGUUGGGCAGCAUUACAGCAAUAAGUCAAGAAGAAAAGGAAAAGAAGGAGAAGAAGAAAAAUGGAUUUCUGUCUCCAGCUUUUAUACAUUAAAUGUUGUUACACAUUACAAAUAUAAUGUCUUGGCUUAUCUUCUAAGAGUAUUGGAGGCAAAGUUGAGCCAUAUAUAAAGAGUGGUUUCUGUCUAACACCUGUUACAAGUAGCAACUGCUUCAUCAGCAUGCAUUCGACGCAUAUUUAUUACCAGCAGUUCCCAAAUAACUCUCUGAGAAACUGGGAAACAAACCCUGCUUACUUUUGGACAUCCAAUAAUGUAAGAAUUUAGUGCUAAGGAUCUACUCUUGACACUCUUCCACAUAAGCCAUUUUUAGGGACUGGACAGAUCACCACAAGUGUAUAUAUUGAUUUUCAAAUGUAAUAGAAAACAAAAAGUAAAAACAAGUCAUAGAAGAAGCCAUCAUUUUUAAUAUCUUUUGUGUACAUGCAUUUCAAGAGGUCAAUCGUGAAAUGUAAUUUUGCUUUUCUUUGUAGCAUUCAGAAUUACAUAUAAAACUUGUGCCACCAAACCCUAGAAUUCUUUUUAUAGGUUACAGUUAUUAUCUCUUAAAGCAUCAAAUUUGGAACUCCUUUCUUUAAAAAGGAUGACUUAAAAAUUCCUACUGUGACUUUUAAAAUGUAAAAUUAAAUAAUUUCACAUAUUGUAAUGUCCUAUUUUUCAGGAUUGUCUCAAUCCUUAAACCACUUUACUGAUUUGUGUAUGUACAUAAGGAAGAGAAUUCAUUUACCCUCCAGUUUAUCUCAGAAUCAGCUCACUAACUAUGGAGUAGUUAUGGAAAGUACGGAGUCUGAGAUGUUCAAACGUGGUGUGAGAGUCAAAGGAAAAAGAAAACACAGAUUAAAAAAGUAGUAAACUUUGUGCUUGAAAAUCUACUAGUGACAAUGAUGAAAUUUCUGGUAAACAUGGUAUUUCAGACGCACAAAGUCUUCCAACAGAGACAAAAGAGAAACUUUUGCCCAACUCAUGAUCUUCCAUCAAAUUGUUGAGGUGUAUGCUUGCAUUAGGAACAUCAUAGAACCUCACUCACACGUAGAUCUCACAGCGAAGCAGGUUCUUUUCACAGACAUUACACUUUGUAAUGCUCUUAGUCAACAACUGUCCAACUAAGCUUAAAAUAUUUAAAUUUUUAAGUAUUAUAAUAGCAAAAAUGAGAGAAGAAUCCCAAGAUAUUUAUUUAUGCAUACUCUUGAAUGGAAUUCCCCAUGAUUUCCAAGAAAGAGAUGAUGCUUCAAGGUAUAUUGGAUUGGAGACAUCUCUAAGUUAUUCCAGAUUCAAGCAGCAGACCUCAUUUUCAAAUCCCCAAUGAAAUCAAAAUAACCCAAAUGUUUCAGCCUCUUGCUUGGGAAGUAAUACAUGUGGAUAGCAUUUGAGCAAGAUAGGAGUUUCACUCCUAUAUAUUAACAAUGAUUGUGCUAUGUUUCUUAGGUAAUUUGUGUUCCUCCCCAUGUGUUCAGAACAUCAAGCUUGUAGCUGGAAUGAUAUGUUAACAAGCUGUCAAAUGCUCAGUGCCAAAAUCCAAUUUCAUUGUUAUACUUACAAGUAAUGAAUUUUAUGUGCAUAUUAUAUGAAUGUAAGCUUGAAAUGAGUGCAUUUAAUACUUAAUAUAAUAUAUAUUGAAAAUGUCAUUUGUAAAUAAUGAAUUAGCAUUAUAUUUUAAACAUAAAUCAUCAUUUCCCUUUUUGUCCUUCUACAAAAUUUGCUCUGGUAUCCUAUGUAACGUAUAAUAAGUUUGUUAUAAUGUAUGUUGGCUACUGCAUAGACAAAUGCAUAGAAUUGUUCCAAAACCUAUAUUUUUAUCUGUCAAAAUGUUAUACAAAAUUAUACAGAAAUAAGUAGAUUUACAAGUACACAUGUAUGUGUUCAAAUGUAAUGAUACUGUAUUAAAUUAUUCCAUUGCAAUUCAAAAUAUCAUGUCUAGAUUUAAUGUUCUGGGGCUUCUUUUUAAAUAUAAAUGGUGCUUGAAGACAAUAAUGCAAUGGGAGUGAAAUAAACAAAUGUAUAGAAAGAUACAUAAAUGUCAAGUGGGAAAACUGCAACUUGUAACAUCUUGGAGCAAUCUAUACACCUUAUCCUAGAAGCAGAUGGAUGCACCUUCUCUUAGAUUAUAAGGGUCUUCUUUGGAAUUUAAUAAAUAUCAAAGUGUCCAUUU